GGGAGAGAGAGAGAGAGAGAGAGAGAGAGAGAGAGAGAGAGAGAGAGAGAGAGAGAGUCAAGCAUUCAGAUUGAGGGAGGUUGUUAAAGCAAGGGAAAUUUGCGCCUGGAGAGAAGAGAAAGGGGCACACGUCCCCCUUUACCCUCCCCCUCGUUCACCCUAAAGCUUUCCACUCGAGACCUCUGCGUGUGUGUGUGUAUGGACGACGGAUCGAUGAUGCCCACGAACGGAAUUAACAAAGCCUUGAAGCUGCAGUUUGGCCUCAUCAACCACGAGAGCCGUUACCUAACAGCCGAGGCCUUCGGCUUCAAGGUGAACGCCUCGGCCUCCAGCAUGAAGAAGAAGCAGAUCUGGACUCUGGAGCAGGAGGACCAGGACACCCAGGUAGUGUUCCUUCGCAGCCACCUGGGCCGCUACCUGGCCUCUGACAAGGAUGGCAAGGUGAGCUGUGGGGCAGAGCAGCCUGACUCGCCCGGCUGCCGCUUCCUGAUCGUGGCCCAGUCGGAUGGCCGCUGGGCGCUGCAGUCGGAGCCAUACCUGCGCUUCUUCGGAGGCUCGGCUGACUACCUGUCCUGCUUUGCUCAGGCCAUCGGGGAGCCCGAGCUGUGGGCCGUCCACCUGGCCCUCCACCCGCAAGCCAGCCUGCUCAGCGUGGCGCGUAAACGCUAUGCCCACCUGUUCGCCCGGGAAGGAGAGAUCUCGGUGGACAGCAACAUCCCCUGGGGCUCGGACUCCCUAGUCACCCUGGUCUACCUGGAAGGAAAGUACUUCCUGAAGACGUGCGACAGCCGCUUCCUCAGCAAUGACGGGAAGCUGGUCAAAGAGAACACCCCCACCACCAGCUUCACCCUGGAGCUCAAGUCGGGCAAGCUGGCCUUCAAGGACUGCGAUGGGAAGUACCUGACACCCAUGGGCCCGACUGGCACAUUGCGCUCAGGCAGGUGCUCCAAGCCUGGCAAGGACGAGCUGUUCGAUCUAGAGGAGAGCCACCCACAAGUAAUUUUCCAGGCAGCCAACAAAAGAUUUGUCUCUGUCAAGCAAGGUGUGAGCAUCUCAGCCAACCAGGAUGUGGAGACAGACAUGGAGACCUUCCAGAUGGAGAUUGAUAAGGAGAGCAAGAAGUGCAUGUUUAGGACCAACGGCGGUAACUACUGGACACUGGUCUCCCACGGAGGGAUCCAGUCCACAGCCACGGAGGUGGAGGCCAACACAAUGUUUCAUAUUGAAUGGCUCGGCCGCAGUGUAGCACUGAAGGCAAGCAAUGGGAAGUACGUGUGCACCAAAAAGAACGGGCAGCUUUCGGCCGUCAGCGAUUCCGUAGGUGAAGAUGAGCUCUUCCUGAUGAAGCUCAUUAAUCGGCCCAUGUUGAUCCUGCGAGGGGAGAACGGUUUUGUGUGUCAUCACAAGAGCUCCAACACGCUGGAUGCCAACCGAUCUGUCUAUGACAUCUUCUCACUGCUCUUCAGCGAUGGCGCCUACCACAUACAAAGCGUGGGUGGAAAGUUCUGGUACGUCUCCAGCAGCGGCCUGGUGUGCUCAGACGGAGACAAGCCUGAGGACUUCUUCAUGGAGUUCCUGGAGCACGGGCGAGUGGGAAUCAAGGGCAAGAACGGCAAGUACCUGCGUGGGGACAGCGGCGCGCUGAAGGGUGACUCUGCAACCGUGGACCCCUCCUGUCUAUGGGAGUACUAACCUGGCGCGACCUCCGAUGACCCCUGAAGUACGUGGAGGGAGAAAGAGAGAGGGGCAGUAUGGAGGGUGAAGGAGAGAGGGGCAGUAUGGACAGUGAAGGAGAGAGGGGCAGUAUGGAGAGUGAAGGAGAGAGGGGGGACCUGGUUCCCACCUGGGUUCACAGCUCAACCAACAAAGAUACAGUACACAGACUGACUGGGGAACAUUUUCACUACUCUCCUUUCUACGUUAGCUGCAUAGGGGAGGCCACUCCCACUUUUUUGUUUUGUAUUGGUAAAAAGUGAAAAUGUGUAGAAAGUUAUUUAUUUGUGUUUAUUUUAUUUUAUUUUAUUUGUUUUCCAAAAAAAGCAUAUGUUAUCUAAAUGUUGUUGUUUUUUUCAAGUGACAUUGCCAACAUCAACAACAGAGAAUACUUAAUCAAAUCUGCUAAUUUUGGUCACUCACACAGCCUAUACAAAAAGGCAUUACAUGCUGUAUACCGGUACUUAAAUUAUUAUCUGGAUGCCUGAAUAAAGGCAGCUUUUCACGUUAAUAUUUCUUGUUGUGAUGUUUACUGUUGUCUUCAACAACAGUGUUAUCAGUACAAUGAUUGCCCAACACUGCUCCCGAACAUACUCACUGCUUCCAAAGAGGACAAGAAAUCAGCUGUGUAGCCCAAAUGGCCCUGUGUGUGUAGCCCAGAGUAGCCCAAAUGGCCCUGUGUGUGUAGCCCAGAGUAGCCCAAAUGGCCCUGUGUGUCUAGCCCAAAUGGCCCUGUGUGUGUAGCCCAGAGUAGCCCAAAUGGCCCUGUGUGUGUAGCCCAGAGUAGCCCAAAUGGCCCUGUGUGUGUAGCCCAGAGUAGCCCAAAUGGCCCUGUGUGUGUAGCCCAGAGUAGUCCGAAUGGCCCUGUGUGUGUAGCCCAGAGUAGCCCGAAUGGCCCUGUGUGUGUAGCCCAGAGUAGCCCAAAUGGCCCUGUGUGUGUAGCCCAGAGUAGCCCGAAUGGCCCUGUGUGUGUAGCCCAAAUGGCCCUGUGUGUGUAGCCCAGAGUAGCCUGAAUGGCCCUGUGUGUGUAGCCCAGAGUAGCCCAAAUGGCCCUGUGUGUGUAGCCCAGAGUAGCCCGAAUGGCCCUGUUUUAAUUUCAUUUUUUACAUUUUAGUCAUUUAUCCAGAGCGACUUACAGUUAGUGAGUGCAUACAUUUAUUUUAUUUAUU